GUGGGACCCUUUGGGCGAUGCGGACCCUCAACCUCUGCUCCAAGUCCAGAGCAACCUCUUGUUCUCCAAGAUCGUGUUUAAUAUUUAAACAAUAUGUGAUUCUGUGAACUUAGAAAAGUCUUGGGUCUAAGUUUGGGUAGUUGGGGCGCGGGCUCACCGGAUUACCCGGGUCAAGGAGCACCCCUGGUGUGUACAGUAAGCACCAAAUUGUUGCUUGCCACGUGAGCGUUCAGCACUCAGACCCCAUCAAUUUGCUGGUGAAGUCCCAGGGCCUGUGGUUUCAUCCAAAGCGCUUGCUGCUGCAUUUGGGGAGAAUACCGCGAUGCUCCGGAGAGUCCCAGGAAGACACCCAGAGCCCUGCCCCCGCAGCGGGCUGAAGGCUUAGGGCGUCUCUGAGGACGGUCCGAGCGGGAUUCCUCUCCGUCGUGGAUCCGUCCGGUCCUCGAUCAUUCGCCCAGGGAACGUUCUAGACCUGCCUGCCCAGGGGCCAUGGCUCUUCCUGCGGCGCUUUUAAGAACUGGACGUCCGGGUCAGGUGACACCGUCGCCUAGCAACAGGACGCUGCACCCGCAGCCUGGGCUUCUCCUGCCCAAAGCCGGUUUCUGCUAGAGGCCAAAUGUCGGAGUGCGCAGAGCCCGCUGAGCCGAAGGCCGCGACGCCCCCGGAGAAGACCAGCGACUACUAUCGCGUGAGCCCCCACCUGCCGGUCAGGUUCAACAACCCGGGGUGGUUUCGCGGCUACGGGGCCAAGGAGGUGGUCUCCCUGUACAGGACCAGUAACCAGGCUUACGGGAGCAGAGCACCCACUGUGCAUGAGAUGCCGGUAUUUUAUCCAUGUUCCACUAAGUUCUCCAGACACAUUUUAGCGAGUGAGAAGUUCCAGCACAGUGCUUUCAACGUCUGCAUGGAGAAGAGCCUGGUGACGGGCCCCGACAACUACAUCACCCACUGCGACCGGCUCAACUUCCACCCCAGUUACAAUGUUAGGAAGCCGUCCAUCUGUGACUGAGGGGGCCCAAUGCCCCUGCCUUCCCAUCUGGCCGCUGCCCCCUGGAGCAUGGUGCUCCCUGAUCUUUGACAGUUUGCCCAACUAUGAAGGUGCAGAUUUCACUGUUUUCUCUGAAAAUAUUUUUCCUUUCUGGAAUAGAAAAAUGUGCAAUAGG